GCCCUGACAUUUAUUUGAUUACCAACUCCAAAUCGCGGAUUUCAUCUUCUCUCUCUCUCUCCAAUUUGACAUGGAUUGAUUAAUUAUAAAGAACCAUUACUUCUCCCUUUAAUCCAACAAACCUCCCCUUUCUCUGCUGUGUGUGUGUGUGUGUAGGGUUUGGGCGAGAACCUUUAGUGGCGAGCGUACGGCAAUUGUAGGUUUUCGUUUUUCCAUACUACAAUUGGAGAAGCCAUCUUGUUCGUUACUGAUCCCGGAAGCCUUCACUUUCUACGUCACGUAAGAUUUAGGUUCCUGCCCUCUGACCUGUCGGAGCGAGUAGGAUUGUCGUUUCGGCGACAGUUGGGUCGUCGAUUCCGUUUUGCUUAUGCUCAGUGGCAAAUGUUGUUUUCUGGAUAUUGAAUGAUUGUUUCCAUGGAUUUAAAUGCCUCACCUGUACCUGAAGAAGAUGAAGACACUUUUGAACAGAACAUCGAAGAAUACCCUGCACCAGAAGAACGAAUAGAGUCCGCUGUUGAUAUAGCACGCCGGGAGCGUGAUGAAAGACGUAAACGACUGAAAAGAGAAAGACCAGAUGACAGACCAAUGCAUGUAUCUCAACCACCUGCAGAUGAUCAAUUGUUUCAGACAAAAAACCUCAAAUCUUACGAGAAGAGCCGGCUUCCUCCUGGCACACGCUUGUGCUUUGUGCGUAGGCUCUGGGGUGUGUUUGCACUCAAGUGUUCCUGGCGCUUUCACCAACAGAGUUUUCAUGGUGUACGGGAACAAGGUUGGUUGGACUGCCCUGCAGCUGGUCAGGAAAUAUGCUACAUGAUUCCUUCCAAGGUUCCACUCAGUGAGUAUUAUAAUGGCUAUGUUGCUCCUGGUAAAAGAUACUCAUUUAAGCAAGUGAUCCAACAGCAGAGGGUUUUAGGAAGAAAACUUGGUUUAGUGAUCGAUUUGACGAAUACUUCUCGUUACUAUCCUGCGUCAGAUUUAAAGAAAGAGGGUAUCAAGCAUGUUAAGAUUCAAUGCAAGGGGAGGGAUGCUGUACCAGAUAAUGCAUCUGUAAAUACCUUCGUCUUUGAGGUUUCCCAAUUCCUCUUUCGUCAAAAGCACUCAAAGAAGUACAUCCUUGUCCAUUGUACACAUGGGCAUAAUCGGACGGGAUAUAUGAUAGUUCAUUAUAUCAUGCGAUCACAUCCAACCUCUGUUACUCAGGCAAUAAAAAUGUUUGCUGAAGCACGCCCUCCAGGAAUCUACAAACCAGACUAUAUUGAUGCGUUGUAUACAUUUUAUCUUGAAAAAAAGCCUGAGAUGGUUGUUUGCCCACCAACUCCAGAAUGGAAAAGAUCUUCUGAUCUUGACCUUAAUGGUGAAGCAGUGCCAGAUGAUGAUGAUGAUGGAAUUUCAGCUGCUGCUUUGAAUGAGAAUCAUGGAAUAGAUGUAGUGAUGACCAAUGACGAUAUAUUAGGAGACGAGAUACCUAGGGACCAGCAAGAUGAAAUGCGGCGUUUCUGCUAUCAAACACUUAAGUUGGGUGUUGGGGCAAGAGGAAAUGCACAAUUUCCAGGGUCUCACCCAGUUUCUCUUGAUAGGGACAAUCUACAACUAUUAAGGCAGCGUUAUUAUUACGCCACAUGGAAAGCUGAUGGAACACGUUAUAUGAUGCUAAUUACCAUAGACGGAUGCUACUUGAUUGACAGGAGUUUUAAUUUUCGAAGGGUGCAAAUGAGGUUUCCUUGUAGAAACACAAAUGAUGGUUUAGCUGACAAGACUCAUCACUUUACAUUACUUGAUGGAGAGAUGAUAAUUGAUACUUUACCAGACUCACAGAAGCAAGAGAGAAGAUACCUUAUCUAUGAUAUGAUGGCAAUAAAUCAAGUGUCUGUCAUAGAGCGGCCUUUUUAUGAACGUUGGAAGAUGCUUGAGAAAGAAGUGAUUGAACUGCGGAAUUAUGAACGCCACAAUAUUUACCAGUGUAGGAAUCCUUAUUAUAGAUACGACCUUGAACCAUUCAGGGUGAGAAGGAAAGACUUUUGGUUGCUCUCUACUGUUACCAAGCUUUUAAAGGAAUUCAUUCCAAGGCUUUCACAUACUGCAGAUGGUCUUAUUUUUCAGGGUUGGGAUGAUCCUUAUGUUCCCCGCACACAUGAAGGCCUCUUGAAGUGGAAAUACCCUGAAAUGAAUUCAGUUGACUUUCUAUUUGAGAUUGAAGAUGAUAAUCGUCAACUACUUUUUCUGUAUGAGCGGGGGAAGAAGAAGCUGAUAGAAGGGAAAGGGAGUAGGGUUGCAUUCAGAGAUGGUUCAGAACCCUCACUGUAUUCCGGAAAAAUUAUCGAGUGUUCGUGGGAUUCCGAAGAAGAAGAAUGGGUCUGUAUGCGGAUCAGACCAGAUAAAUCAACUCCAAAUGCUUUCAAUACUUACAUGAAGGUGAUGCGGAGCAUAAAGGACAAUAUCACUCAGGAAGUCUUGUUGAAUGAGAUCGAUGAGAUCAUUCGACUGCCCAUGUAUGCUGAUAGGAUACGGAAUGAUAGUAAAGCCCACCAGCAUUCAAAUUCAGUGCGACGAAGGUGAUGGUUGGGAGGGUUUAGUCAUAGAUGUACACAAUACCUUGAGGUCUAUUAGUGAUAGGAGACACCAGAUACUCAAGAAUACCUCCGAUGUCUGUCUGCACAGGUCAUUGCAAAUUCUGUAUAUACCGGGGUUUGGUAUGUACUUGGCAUUCUCGGAUGGAUCACUGAGAUAUUGUGUAAUUAGCUAUCCUUCGCUGUAAUCUUGUAGCAUUGCAUCGUAUGAUCCUGUUGGUACACUUGGUAGUCCCCAAAAUCAGGCCCGAAAUGAUUUCUUCCAGGUAGUUGUCCAUCCAAUUCAGGAGAGUUAGGAUUAGGGUCACCAUGUAUAUUAUUAUUUCUUCUUUUUUGUUUAAAUGAUUCGUUAAAUGUAGCGAUUUUCUAAGUUCUUUAGAAGGUAGCCAUUUUUCAGAACAUGGGCUUUUCAUUUUUGGGGAGGGGGAAAUCUAUAGGUGUGAAUAUCACUUUGGGCAGCUGUACUACGAUGAGUGUCUUCGUCACCUCUGUUUUCAUCUUGGUCUGCCCCCUUCCCCUUUCAGUCUCUAAUUUACAUGGCUUUCUAAGC